AUGGCGGCACUGGUGCUGCUGCGAGCGGGGCUGCGGCGGCCCCGCGGCGCCCAGAUGGCUCUCCUUGGGGGCGCCCUGCUCCGCCGCCCCGCUGUCCUGACAGCUCUCGCCGAUCGGAGCGCUCCGGCCCGGCAAAGCCACAGCUCGUCCCAGCAAGGCCAUGGCAGUUCCAAGGCUGCAUCUUUGCACUGGACAAGUGAGCGAGCUGUCAGUGUCCUCUUGCUGGGUCUCCUUCCUGCAGCUUACCUGUAUCCGGGACCAGCCAUGGACUAUUCACUGGCUGCAGCCCUCACUCUUCAUGGCCACUGGGGUCUUGGACAGGUAAUAACUGACUAUGUCCACGGAGACACAGCCAUCAAGGUGGCCAACACAGGGCUCUAUGUGCUGUCAGCUGUCACCUUCGCCGGCCUCUGCUACUUUAACUACCACGAUGUUGGCAUCUGCAAGGCUGUUGCCAUGCUGUGGAGCCUCUAAGAUGCGACCAAGUUCCUGACAAAAAUGAUUGUUCACUGCUGCCUCUGCUUCAUCAUCUUUUUACCAACAUGUUUAAUAUGAAACAGAUGAGUAAAGCAAGGGUCCACGGGUUGUACAUACUGCAGCAAGAGCAGAGCUAAGGCUUUUAGAAAUAAAUACCCAAGUUAGAGAAGUAGAUUUAAAGUGGAUGAUGUCCAGGGGAGAGUGAGUUAAGCUGGACUGUAAAUUGUGAAGAAUUAAUGCCAGACUCCCUAGCUGAAGGUAACUUGCUUUGUAAAGGCAGCUUUAAUGAGUGUUUUUUUCUAAACCAGCUGUUGUUUGGUUAUUUUAUAAAACAAGCUUGAAUUGUGGAAAAUAGAAACUCUUACUUCUGAGAUCACACCUGAACUGUAUGUAAGGCACAUCUUUGUAACUCUGUGGACCCUUGAGAGUUGAUGUAGAAAAGGGAAUAUUUUUUCUUAAUCCAUGCAAUAAAAAAUAUUUA